AUGAAAGCUCUAAUUCUUUCUAUAUUACUCAUUGUUCUACUGUGCUUGAGUGCUUCUUUUGGUUUAGCCAGCGACCACAAAGAAGUAAAGUCUUAUUAUCCUUACCCCUAUCCUUACGGUUAUAAUCCGUAUUAUUACGGAUUUGGAUACCCCUAUUGCGGUUUUGGCUAUCCUGGUUACUACAAUCCGCCAGGUCCUGCUGGAGGUCCAGGUGUUGGAUAUGGCUAUGGAUAUGGAUUUGGAUAUCCUUACUACAACCCACCAGGUGCAGUUGGAGGAUAUGUUAAUCCACCAGGCCCUGUUGGAGGUCCAGGUUACUUCUAA